UUUGAACUAUGAUAAUUUAUUUAUAUUUUGUAUUCAAGUUCAAUAUCGAUUUUUGAAAUAUUAAUCCUUAUUAAAGAACAAUUGACUACGCCACUGAAAUGUUUACUGUACCUGUAGUUGUAAAUUUUGCAGGUUUUUUGUUCUCCUAUCUCACUUUAUCAUCAUACUGUUGCAAUUGAUUACAAUACAACGCUAUUUAUUUUUGAGGGCACCUUAAUCUUUUCAUUCCUGAGCAUGAGGAAAUGUCAUUCCUACAAUUAAUUAGGUAUGAAAAAUUGAUACGAUAAAGCAAAAAAUAAAAAAAAAACAGGAAAUUCCUCGAAAUAAUUCACAUUAAACAAAAUCAGAAUUCGAUCAAUGAUCAUUUAAAAAGGGUUCUACGGGAAACGUUUGUAUAAUUGUGACUGUGAUAAGAAUCAGAAGUUUGUAGUAAACAACAUACAUUAUAAAUAAUAAAAUAUCUAACAAAUUCAAUUAAAGAAAUUAACAGGAUUAAUGAGUUCAACACAUAAAAAUUGAUAAGUCAAAUUUUCUAUUACAGUUCGCUCGAUAGGAGAAAAAGAAAAGCCUUUUUUUCUUUUCUGUACGUUUUUUUCGAAAAUUGAAGAGAAUUUACAAGCCUCUGGCUAAACAUAUGAAGAAGAAGAAUUUCAAUGUUUAAAAUUAUUAUCAAAUGAUGGUAGAAAUUAAAGAAAAGAAGAAGAAAAAGUAACCUCUUCUAUGCUGAUAUCUUUAACAAUGUGCAGACCCUGUUAGUUAGUUAGUAGCAAAAUUACUAUACACAUAACUAGUUGUGGUAGUGUCAAUAGAUGUGUUAAUAUUUCUAUUUCAUAUACACUUUGUAUUCUUUUAUUUAAUCAGGAUGUCUUUGCUGGAAUUGUUAAUGGACUGCAAGGAAAGAGGCAUAACAUUCAGAGAGUCAUGCAGCAUAUGUUUAGCUGAUUUAAGUGGAAAUAUAUGCUUGACCAAAUGCAAGCACACAUUCCAUAGAAGGUGCUUGCAUAAGUGGCUUCGCACAUUCCCUGGGACCUCCUGUCCAAUGUGCAGAGAACCUCUGACGUUGCCCAUACCAUACGAGCACAUUAAAGAUGUGUAUACGUUUAAACUUGGUGGGUUAGACAGUGACGAAACAGACCAAGAUGAGGAAUCUCAUGAAGAAUCUGCUAACAACGAUAAUGUCAUUGUCGCAGACAAUGCCACUACCCAAGGUAAUGGCCCUCCUCCAUUAUUCAUCAUUACCACUGAAGGUGAGGAAUCAGAUGAAGAAUCGGAUGAAGAAUCGGACGAAGAUCUAGAUGACACUACCGAUGACCAUCCAUUAUUCAUAAUUUCCAACGGGGAAGGCACUUUCACGAUGUUAUUGAAUCGAAUCAAUUAGCAGAGUGAAAGCGGUGGUAAUGAAUCGAGAAUAUAAAUUGUUAGUCUGCGAAGAUUACAUGGACCGAUAUGAAAUCAGUGAUAAUGAUGUGUGGUAGAGUGUCUAUGAGUUAAAACUCCUGUCAGUUAAGCAUUUUCUUAUUUGAAAAAAAAAAAAGAAUAAAAACGGGCCAAUGAGAAAGAAAAAGAAUUAGAAAUCGAAAUAUAAAUUGUUACUAUUUGUGUUUUUUUAACUUGUAUAUUUUGUAUCAUUAAAUAAUUUAUUUAUAUAUGAGUUUUUUUCUCCCCUUCCUCAGACUAUAAGCCAGCAUAAAAUUAAAUAAAAAUGUAAGUGUUACCAUCAUCUUAAGAAGAAAGAAAAUAUAGAAGUGCCUUAUAGCAUUUGUUGACAUCGCUAUAAUAUUUUUUUUACAAAUACGUAUAAUGAACUGCGUUGCCAUUCUGAGGAAGAAGUAAACUUUCCUCCGUUCUGUGGCAUAGAUGUUUUGCGAAUAUUCUGAGGAUUUGGGAACACCGUUCUGUUGUUGUUAUUGCAUGCCACAUCUAGAAGUACAUUGAGUGUUAACUUCAUUUAACUUUUAGGUUUGUAAUCUGCGUUAUUUCAUACAAGUUUGUGAAUUUUAAGUUACAUAUUGAUAAUUUUAAUCAUGGUAAAAACUCGAAAAACAUGUUUAGUGUUUAAAACAUCCGGAAUUGAAAACCUAACCUAUCUCAGGCAAGUCACGUUUUGAGUCCAUAGGCGUAGUAUUUGCGAGAUAUCGAAAACUUAAUUCGAUGCUAACAUUUGUAGGUUUCCUUCAUUACUUCUUAAAGAAAAAUUAAACUAGCUAGUUUUCAUUUUGAAAUAUGAUAAUUUAUUUAUAUUUCCUUAUUGAGGAACAAUUGACUACGUCACUGGAAUGUUUACUGUACCUCUAGUUGUAAAUUUUGCAGGUUUGAUUGUUUUCCUAUCACACAUUAUCAUCAUACUGUUGCAAUUGAUUACAAUACAACGCUAUUUACUUCUGAGGGUACCUCUAUCUUUUCUCCGAGGUUAGAUAUCUUACAUACUACGUAUGAACAUUUG